UCCAUUAUUAAGUCUUUAACAUGAAAUCGUUUUUAUCUAAAUUCAAUAUUUUGUGGAUUUUAUUACUUUAUGUUAAAAGCACUGCAGCUGGAAAUAAUCAAAGCGCAGCUAUUAUAAAUGGUUUUCGAGCCAUACCAGGGGAAUAUCCCUGGCAUGUGCUCUUAAAAGAAACACCACAAGGUUCAUUACUGUGUGGGGGUUCUGUUAUAAACAAUAUAUGGGUUUUAACAGCAGCUCAUUGCAUUUUAAACAUGGAAUCGGUUUAUAUGCAAUUUGGAACAGUAGAGCUCUUUUCCAAUGCCCCUAGUAUGACUUCUACGGCAUUAUUUCCACAUCCGACAUACAAUUCAGCUGCUGGUGAUGAUGAUAUUGGACUUAUUCAGCUACCUUAUCCAUUGAUUUAUAAUUCUUUCAUUCAACCCAUACCAUUAGUUACAUCGGAGGAAGCUGCGAAUAAUGAUUUUAUUGGCGUUCUUGCGCUUAUAAGCGGUUUUGGUGAUUACAUUAAUAAAGUACGAAGAAUUUCAGAAUGGUUAUUAUGGGGUCCUGAAGUAGUUGUCAGUAAUAAUGUAUGUGCUGCGUCAUAUGGACCAACGCCAGCUGCACACAUGUGUUCAGUUGGUUAUACUGUUGAUAGGCAGCAUCCAUGUAAAGGUGACUCUGGUGGUGCUUUAGUUUGGAGAAAUCCAAUGAAUGUGUAUAAACAAAUUGGUGUGUUUUCUUAUGGAAGAGAAACAAAUUGUGCUGGUUAUCCUUCGGGUUAUAUGAGAGUUUCUUCGUAUUUAGAUUUUAUUAAUAAUAUAACCAGUUUAAAUUUUAACUAAAUUAUUAAUUUGUAGUUAUCGCUAUAUACAUCUACACAUUAGGUUCGUCCCGAUUGUGUGGGAAUGAAAUUUUAAUAUGUUUUUAGAUAGCAUUUCUUAAAAUUUUUGUCUUGCCGUCAA